AUGGCCUAUGACCGCUAUGUGGCCAUCUGCAACCCUCUGCUCUACAAUGUCAUCAUGUCUCAGAGACUCUGCCAUGUGCUGGUGGGCAUUCCAUACCUCUACAGCAUCUUUCAGGCUCUGAUGAUCACUGUUAAGAUUUUCAUACUGACCUUCUGUGGCUCCAAGGUUAUCACUCAUUUCUACUGUGAUGAUGUACCCUUGUUACCUAUGCUCUGCUCAGAUGCACGGGAUAUAGAAUUAUUGAUCAUACUGUUUUCAGCAUUUAAUUUGUUCUCAUCCCUCCUGAUCAUCUUGGUAUCCUACAUUCUGAUUCUGCUUGCCAUAUGUCGAAUGCAUUCUGCAGAAAGCAGGAAAAAAGUUUUCUCCACAUGUGGGUCUCAUCUGACAGUGGUGGUGGUGUUCUAUGGGUCUCUACUUUUUAUGUAUGUGCAGCCCAAAUCCACUCACUCCUUUGAAACUGAUAAACUGGUCUCUGUAUUUUACACUUUAGUGAUCCCCAUGUUUAACCCUUUGAUCUACAGCAUUAGGAACAAAGAGGUAAAAAAUGCCUUCCACAGGGUCUUUAAGAAUCAAUGCAAAUUUUGUAUUUGA